AUGAACGCGGCAAAGACGGAGCACACAAUUCUCCGCCGCUGCCUGACACCGGCCAGUGCCGACCCCCACGCUCGUGCAGAGAAAGAAGCAUGGAGGUCUACGCGGAAGCUUGGCUCGUUGCUCGAAGAUGCCGAUGACGUAUCGCGUCGGAAAAUACUCGCUGCGGCUGCUCUUCGGCGGCUCUGGACGGUCUGGCUGAGAUCGCACCGUAUCACAGACACGACACGAAUUCGCCUCCACAACUGCUACGUACUGCCGAUACUACUCUACAACUGCGGGGCCUGGGCGCUUACACCAACGGAGCUUCACCGACUCGAAAGCUUUCACCGUCGCCAGCUACGGUCUCGGCCGCUCCGUCACUGGAUCACAUCUGCGAGGUGGGGGCUUCUCGGGCACAUUCUACGGCGACUACAAGAUAUCCCGGCGUUUAUCCAGAUGAAGGCGUAUUUCUCUUCCUCCGACAGCAGCAAGUGGAGAGGUAGGCCCCGCACCACACUGCCUCUUGUCCUCGACCAGGACCUUGAUGCUAGAGACUCGACGUAUGCGGACACCACACUAUGCCACCGACUAGCUAAACUGAGACUAGCGCAGGUGUAA